AUGUCUUCUGAUCCCAGUUAUGCGCCCUUCUUCGGGAUUAUGGGGGCCACAGCCUCAAUGGUUUUUUGUGCUUUCGGUGCGGCCUAUGGCACCGCCAAAUCUGGGGCAGGUAUCUGUUCCAUGGGAGUUAUGCGUCCUGAACUCAUAAUGAAAUCCAUCAUUCCAGUUGUUAUGGCUGGUAUUGUUGCCAUUUAUGGCUUGGUAGUGUCUGUUGUUAUUUCUCAGCAGAGUGACAGGUCUAAAUCAAUGGCAAUUUCCCUUAAGCAGCUUGGCGGAGGUCUCAGCGUAGGUCUUUGUGGAUUGGCGGCUGGAUUCGCUAUCGGAAUCGUUGGUGAUGCGGGUGUUCGAGGAACAGCGCAGCAGCCUCGUCUCUUCGUGGGGAUGGUCCUUAUUCUCAUUUUCGCAGAAGUUUUGGGUCUGUACGGGCUUAUCGUCGCGCUUAUUCUCUGUAACUCGGCAGAUUAA